AGGCCGGCACACGCGCUCACGGGUUUUCAGGUUGGGAACGUAGGAACCUCCACGUGGUAGAUUAUGCACAGUCUCAUCCCACGGCCUCGAGAGCUAAAAUGUUAUUUCACUGGUGUGAUGGUUCUUGUUCUGCAAGAGCUCUACUGCACAGCAUUUCCUUUCAAAAUUCGACACUGCCUCAUGCCUAUUACCAUGACGUGCACGCGAGGCUGACCACGGUUGGCCUGGCCCGAAGCUUGAUUCUUACCUACCAACCACACUGCUGCAUUAGAUCAUGGUUAGAAGCGAAGAUGCUCGCCAAUCAUCUGUGCACAUUCGCCGCAAGUGAGUUGGUUCUGUUGUGCUCGAUUAGUUCUAGCGCGUAACGGUUUACUAUUAGAAUAUGCACCCCUUGCGUGAGACGAACGGCCCAUUGACCAGGGGGAAGUGUGUUUCCAGGUACCAGGCCAAAAGUGAUCUCAA